CAUUAGGUUCAGGAGUGUGGCGAGGCAGCAGGCACUGCUUCGGCUGCUCCCGGGCUGGAUUUUUAAUUCCUAUAUUUUUAGUAUCUUUUAGCUAGAAGUGAAGUCCUAACAGACUUGAACUAUGAAAGUUUUAUACUGAGCGGUGCUGUGUCUGCUUGUGUUUUAGAGGGAAGUGCGACUGCAAGUGUGUGCGGAUUUAAUGUCAACACAAGUCGGUUUGGAAACGAGCAGCAAUUUGGCGACGUUAACCUUUUUAGCGAAAGCAGCUGCGCAUAAAUCCGAGUUAUUAGUCAUUGUAUUUGUUUUACUUGAUUGCCUUCUAUAUUUGUAUUUGAGUCACUAUUUUGGAAGUUGCGAAAACCUAUGAGACGUGCAAUAGUUGCGCAACUGUAUCGGUCUGUCUGCUUCAUCUUGUUUUCUUUCUGCGCAGUUCUCUCCUGACUUCACUUUGCCAAUGCUUGAGCUGAACACGUAUCAUUACUUCGACUUAAUACUUCAAACGACACAUUUCAAGUACAAGAGUGUCCCAAAACGUGACAGUUUAACAUGAUUUCUAACUUUGAAAAAGACUUGCGCUUGCCUGCUGUGCCAGCUAUAACUAACAAACCACUCCUUAAAAAUCACAUCCUACUCAAGUGUAUCGUCUCGAUUUAGUGUCGGCCUAAUUGGCUUAGAAAAGUGGAGCGAUUAGUUUAGCAGGAGGGGAGCAAAUAGUAAUGGGUUAAAAGAGUUGAGUUCUACUUAUGUCGGGGAACAGGAAACCUCUCUGUGUACUGGCAACCUAAUCUGAGCAGUCAGGACGGAAUGUGCUCAACGUCAAACACGUUUCUGUCUGCAGGCUGCCAGCAGCGAGCUGUUUGUUACAUUAUGUACAUCUGCAGCAGGACAGGACAACACACACAGAAGCUUACAUUAAGGGAACUUUUUAACAUUAGAACUCAUGUUUGCAUUGGAAAAUAUUGUUUUUUUUAUUUUUCAAGUUUUAUGUGUUUUCAAAAUUAUGGAAAACUUGAUCCCAAGUUUAUGCCAGAGCAAAUCCACUAUAAUAAUAUCAGUUUUCAAUAAUACCUUGUUAACUUAUCUGUUCUAUUAUAUGGUAAAACACUGAAUUAAAGUGUCAGGCCGGAGAAAACAUACCUUUUUUUUAACUUUUCUCUUUGCAAUGACGCCUCCUCCUGAUAAAACUCAGUCAUGACACUUGUUCUAUUUUAAAGCUUGUUUUGUUGAUGAAGCCUGAAUGCAGGUGGCCUGUUUCCACUCAUAGUGUCAGUGAGAGCCAGAGGCGGUGACAUACAAUGAAUUAACUUAUUAUGUCGAUUUGAUCAACUAUAACCUGUUACAACUAUAACUCGACUUUUUGCUCAAAUUUUGGUAUUUUAUAUGGACUUCUUUAUAUGGACAGUCUUUUUUACUAGACUGAAGAAAAUCUCAUCUAGACGGCAAAUAAACUUAAUCUUAUUAACAAAUGUAAUGACUAAUGGACAUUUUGCCAGAGAAUAUGGUCGUCCAUGCUCAUACAAGUGGUGAUAUCCACACCUUGUUAUGUUCCUGCAGGCUGCAGGGUGUGUAGCUGUGUUGGUUACCUUUGUUUGGUAGUGGAGUAGCAGAUAACAAACAAACAUGUUUUUUAUUAUUUCUACCCUCGUACAGAUUUUGAAAGCAUGGCGACGACUACGGAUGACUGCAUCCAAUUCACCCGACAUGCAUGCGAUGUAUUACUCAACUUCAACCGUCUCCGCAGCAGGAACAUCCUGACCGAUGUCACCAUACAGGUGGACGGACAGCAGUUUCGUGCUCAUAAGGCCAUUUUGGUGGCCUGCAGCGGCUUCUUUUAUUCUGUGUUCAUGGACCCCAAGAACAGAAACCUCAGUGCCAUAAGCUUAGACCCCAAAGUGGAUCCCAAGGGUUUCUCAAUCCUGCUGGACUUCAUGUACACGUCCUGUCUGAACCUGAAGGACAGUCUGGCCGUUGCCACGAUGAACACAGCGGUCUACCUCCAGAUGGAGCAUGUGGCCGACACCUGCCACAGGUUCAUCAAGUCCAGAAAUCAGAUUCUCAACAUGACAGUUGAGGAGGUACAGAUGAACUCAUUAUGUCUGCCCGAGGAGAGGCCUACUGCUGAAAAAGAGCAAGACUUUAGAAACAUUCACACAUCGAACUCCUCCUACAUCCCCAAUGUCUUCAGGGGGAUCAACACUUCCGGCUCCUAUCACGUCUACGGGGACCCCCAGGUCCCUUCUGUACAGCUUGAAGGUCCCCAUAAGUCAAGCAACCUUACCAGAGGAGGGGCUCUGCCUCAGAAACAAUGCUCCCAGGUGGCUCCCAGUGAGGCCAACACCAGCAUCUCUGACCCUGUACCAUCCCGCCCCAGUUUCCCCACCACCAUCAUGAGACCAGCAGGAGCUCAAGAGAGCCUUCAAAGACCUGCUACACCCAUGGAGAAAGACAGCAUUCAGCACCCGCAAAACAGCUGCCUCAGACUGUCUCCAGGUUUUCUUAAAGGUGUGAUCAGUAGCCCUCAAAGCCCCCUGAGAUCUGACUGCCAGCCCAACUCACCAACUGAGUCCAACAGCAGCAGAAGCGCCACACUAAGCCUUAAUCAGUCGUCUGACUGUUCAAGCAACACCAAGGCUCGCAACUGGAAGAAGUACAAGCUGAUCGUUAUGAACCAAACACCUGACGAGAACGAGAAGGAGGUCCAGGGAGGCGACCCAGAAUCUGAAGCCAUCGCCAUGUCCCCCACGCUGAGCCCGUAUAGGAGAGAAGCUGAGGGAAACGGUGAUGUUCAGACAGAAGAGGGAGCCGGUGAGCACAGAGAGGAAAUCUUCAUGUUUCAGAGUUCAGACAGCUUCAGCAGUAGCCCCUGCAGCAGCCUCGGCCAGCGCAGAUGUUCCUCCUGUGGCUGUGACAGCCCUCGAUGCAUGGAUAUGGGUCAUCUCUCUCCCGACUCAUACAGCAGAGAAGAGGCCACCAUAAUACACUCGCAGUGUUCCUCCUCCCCUGGUGAAAACAACACAUACUUCUGUAAUGGCUGUGACUCUAAGUUCUUAGAAGAGGACUCCCUCAAAGACCACAUGGUCCAGGUCCACAGCGAUAAGCCGUACAAGUGCGACUGCUGCCAGGCCGCCUUCCGCUACAAGGGCAACCUGGCCAGCCAUAAGACUGUUCACACUGGUGCGAAGCCAUACCACUGCAACAUCUGUGGUGCUCAGUUUAACCGACCAGCAAACCUCAAGACACACUCGCGCAUCCACUCUGGAGAGAAGCCUUACAAGUGUGAGACCUGCGGCUCCAGAUUUGUCCAGGUGGCCCAUCUUCGCGCUCACGUGUUGAUCCACACCGGGGAGAAGCCGUAUCCGUGUGAGAUCUGUGGCACACACUUUCGUCACCUUCAGACGCUCAAGAGCCACAUGCGCAUUCAUACGGGAGAGAAGCCUUAUCAUUGUGAAAAAUGUGACCUCCACUUCAGACACAAGAGUCAGCUGAGGCUUCACCUCCGGCAGAAGCACGGCGCCGUCACCAACACCAAGGCCCAGUAUCGAAGGACUCCCAGUAACGUCCUCACAGGCCUGAUGAGCGCCUGCUGAAUUCCUCCUGUGUGUCAUUUGCCUUUUGCAUCGGUCGCCAUGUUGUCAAAAGAUUUUUAUGUUUUACAUAGAAAUACAUAAAUAUUAUAUAUAUGUAGUAUAUGCCUUUUAUGCAUUUGUAUAUGAUGCACAUGACUUAAUGUAAGCACUUUGGUAGUUCAAAGAUUGUUGAAGUGUAUGCUAUGUGCACUGUGAAUGUCUAACAGAGUGCAUAUUGUGAAUGUGAAUAUGAGCAGGUAUCUCUGUUUGGCCAAUCACUUAUCAGUAUAUCAGCAUUGAAGGACAGUCCUCUUUCUCGUUCAGAUUGAGAAUCACUGUUCCGCUUCUGCUUUAUAGCUACUGGUGUGAAUUAACUAAGUUAUGUGCUCACUGUUCAUGUUUCCUUAGUUUAUUUUUGUAAAUAAGAUAAUAUAUAUUUUCAGAUUGCCGUCUGCUGGCAGAGUACAAAUAUAUUUACGCAGAGUUUUGUUUUUCUUACAUGCAGUUAAUAACACAAGGGCUUUUUAUUUUGUCUUUAAAAGUUUGUGGUACGUAUUGGAAUAUGAACAGAUUGUUUCCCUUUUAAAAAUGCGAUGUAAAUAGUUUAUUUUUUCAAGCAUUUCACUUGCUAUAUUCUUAUUUAUAUUAGUUUUUUUGCUUUAUUCUAACACAUUGUGGUGCUGGAAUGAUACAUCCACAGGAUCAUUGAAGGUAUUUUAACUAACCGUAUGUAUCAUAGUGCACUUGUACGAACCAGUAUAUUCACAGUGCCUUACAUUCACAUACUUCUCCCUGACAUGAAAAACGUUAGUGUUAUCAUGAUUCAUUUCACAUUCGGUACAUUGCCCUAAUAUCAUGUGCAGGUUUGUCAGGUACUGCUAAUCUUGUAGCUGAUGAUCUGUUUAAUGUAGCUCUUGAAAUGCAGAUACACCAGGCCCCAAGCUGAAAAAUGCUCAGGAAAAUAUGUCAGCAAAUGUCUUUGUAACUGCAGAGAAUAAAUAUAUAUAUACAUAUAUAUAUGUAUGUAUGACAUGAAAAUAAAAUGUACACUAUGUUAUAA